AUGACGAACUACUUAAACGACCCUGCUCUUUACAUCUAUACCUCUCUCACCGCCGGCUCCUCCCAUAUCGUUACGGCCACCUCACGUCUGGAGACCAUUUUGCGCGCCAACCGGGUUCCAUUUAAAGCUAUCGAUAUUGCCACCGAUACAAAGGCUCGCUUGCUCUGGGGCCGAAGAGCCGGUAAAGAUUCGAAUGGCCGAGCGAGGAAGCUCCCUGCCUUGAUACAGGAGGGUUGGGUUGUGGGAGAUUACGUCGAGGUCGAAGACUGGAACGAAUAUGGCGAACUUAAGGAGCAUGUCAAGAUCCACUUCGAUGAAUUCACGAUCCCCUCCAUCAACGACAAACUCCCUGAGCCUCCACUAAAGCGACCUCUCGACCUCACUGGCGGUCUUGGUGGUCCCUCUUCAGCAAACCCCCCUAAUCCCAUUGCCAAAGCUGUAGCUGCGGCGGCGGCGGCGGCUGCGGCCGCUUCAAAGUCUGCUCCUACCGCUCCUCCACUGCCAGCAGCCAAGAAUUCCACAGAGCCGAAGAAGGAGGAGAAGGUCCUUCCCGUCAGAUCAGUUGCCGAGGAAGCUGCGCAGAAGGCUAAAGACCUUCGCUUGAAAGCUCUACGGGAAAAGGUCCAUGGUAAGGAUGGCAAUAAAACCAAGAAGGAUGAAAAGCCCAAGCCGGAAGAGACUGCUGUCAAGGAAAUGAACGCUGUCAAAGAAGAGACAGCCGCGAAGGACGAACCGGCUGCGGAAGAUGAAUCAGUUGUGAAGGAUGAAUCACCUGUGAAGGAUAAAUCAGAUGUGGAAGAUGAGUCAGAUGUGGAGGACGAACCAGCUGCAAAGGACGAAUCAGUUGCAAAGGACGAACCAGUUGCAAAGGACGAACCAGCUGUAAAGGACGAACCAGCUGUAAAGGAUGAGGCGCCGAAGGACGACACACCCAGGCAGGAUGAGAAAGCUGUAAAGAAUGAGUCGGCUAAAAAGGAAGAGAAGGCGAAGAAGGAUGAGAAGAAGACUACGAAAGAAAGGGCCAAGUCUGAUGACAAAACAAAGAAGGAUGUUAAGAUCAAGAGAGAUGACAAAACUAAGAAGGUUGAAAAGUCAAAGGCGGUCGACAAAUCCAAAAAGGUCGAAAAGCCUAAGAAAGACGAUAAAGCCAAGAAAGACAAGGAGGCCAAGGAUAAGGAGCCCAAGGACAAGAAAGCCAAGAAGGACGAGAAGCCUAGAAAGGAUGACAAGUCGAAGAAGGAAAAGUCAACCACAAAGGAGGCGCCAAAGACCAGCAAAGGCUCCAAAAAGACUCCGACAACUCCAACCAAGAAGACUUCAGCGAGCAGCGGUAAAAAGAUUGAUAGCAUCCAAUCCCCAACUUCUGGAUCAUGGGCUGAGUCUGAUGCGGCGCGGAACGCUAUCCAGAGCCCUACGAGCGGUACUUGGAAGGAGGGCCACUCCGGUCCGGCCUCCCUGGCGCAGGCUAGUAUUGCAGAUGUGAGCGCGGAAGAUGCCAAGGCUGCUGGGGCCAAGACGGCAACAAAGGAAGAGCCUGAGUUGGAAAAGAAAGCUGGUGAGAAGUUGGACGAUGAGUCUGAUUCUGACUCGGACACAGAUUCAGAAGACGAGUCAGAGAAGGAGAGUGAAGAUGAGAAAGACGAGGAGGAAAGUGACGAGGACAGCGACGACGACGAUGAUAGUGACGAGGAGGAAGAGGAGCCUAAGAAGCCUGCGACAGCCAAGGCCACCGUCAAGCAAGAAAAGCCUACGGAAGAAACAAAUAAAUAA